AGCUACCGAAUGCAGUUGGUCGCUGCCGUCGCCAAGUGCAGUCGAACGCAAAGCGAGAAAAAUCAAUUUUCAAAAGUUGCCACCAGCCUCCUGGCAUCAUCCUUGAUGAAGUGGGAAAACUAUUGUGAUUUCGUGGCUGGAUGUUUUGGUGGUGCCUGCGGCGUGUUGGUGGCUCAUCCGCUAGACACAAUCAAGGUAUGGCAGCAGGCAUCCAACUCCUCCGUCCAGACGGCCAUCCAUCAGAUCUACAGGCGCAACAAUGGGAUCAACGGUUUCUACAGGGGUAUGUUCUUCCCGUUCAUCUCGACGGGCGCCAUCAAUUCGCUGCUAUUUGGGAUCUAUGGCAACCAUUUGCGGCAGCUGCGAAAGGUGUGCCACAGCGACUACCAGCGUGAGCAGCUGGAGUACCACAAUAUGUUCCUCGCCGGCUCAGUGGCCGGAUUCGUGCAGUCCUUCAUCGCAUGUCCCAUGGAGCUGAUAAAGGUUCGACUGCAGACGCAAUGCUAUUAUAAUGACUACCUUUAUGGCCAGCGACGCACAGCCUUUGGCACAUUCAAGAGGAUAAUCAAGGCUGACGGCCUCUCCGGUCUCUAUCGCGGUCUCCUGCCCAUGAUGUGUCGCGAUGUCCUGCCUUAUGGCAUCUAUAUGCUGGCCUACCGCCAGGGCGUCGACUACCUGAACAAACGGGACUUUGUGCGCAAGCGGCGCAGUCAUCCGGAUGGCUCGAAUGUGAAUCUGCUGAUCACCACAUUGGCCGGCGCCUGGGCUGGGGUUAUCUCUUGGGUUUGUGUCAUUCCAUUCGAUGUCGUGAAGACGCUGAUGCAGGCCGACGAGAAUCACAAAUUCCGCGGCAUCUUCCACUGUGUGAAGGUCAACUACAGAGCCUACGGCUGGAGGAGCAUCUUCCGCGGCAGCUGGAUGCUGGUGGCUCGGGCGGUGCCCUUUAAUGCGGCCACCUUCUUGGGGUACGAAUACGCGCUGGAGUGGUGUCAGAUGUAUGAUAAAGGGACCUUAGUUGCAAGUGAUUAAGAGCUUUAACUAGUUUUUAUACUUAUAAUCAU